AUGUCCAUGAAAUUUCGGUGGACAUUUUCGAUUACACGGAAGUGGAGUCAAGCUGAAUUCCCAGUGCCUCGGUCGCGACUGGAUCAUCUCGAAUCUUACUCAUCGCUUAGGAAUGGAUUGAAAACGAGGCUGGAUCCUUUCGAGUGUUGCAUGACGCCUUGCAGCCGAGAGAUCCGGGAUACGAUCGAUAGGGAAGAUUGGCAGGCGCUGCGAGAUCUUUCAAAAUACCAGAGCGAGACAAAGUACCGCAUGAGCACGUACUACACGAUCAGAAGCUCUCAUAAGGUAUCUCGGAAGAGAUGUACGAUGAAGGUCGAGGCGUGUCCAGGGAGUGGAUUUACCUGA